GCGGGAGAAGCCGGCGGAGGCUUCUGCCCCGCACAUUAUUUCAAGACGACCGCUCCCACUGUGAAGCCGAUCAAUGCGGGGGACCGUAGUACUCGCCAAGUGUCGAGGGUGCAGAAUUCGAAUCGGAAGGAUGCGGCCCUUUACCUCCACCUGCUUAGGAGUGAGCGAAAGAAGCGUUCAGCGCUGGGCCGGACGGGAAGCGGAAGUGGUGUGUGCCGUCCUUUUAAACUUCCUGGGGCCCGCUGAGGAUUCUGCAGCUGUUCGCCUAGAGGUGCGGCGCCUGGUCUCACUCUCUGGGAAAAGACAGAUUCCAUGAUGUGAGGAGGUAGAGGUUCCUGAACAAGCAGUGUCUUGGCACUGGUGGUUCUCUUGACCAGAGAACUCUUAUCAAGAUUCAGAAAAGAGCUAGAAAAGUCAUUUGAGCAGAUGCUGGAGUCACUGGUCAUUUUCCAAGAGCAGCUGAAAAUGACCAAAUCCCAGGUAACAUUGUCAUUUAAGGAUGUGGUUGUGGACUUCACAUCAGAGGAGUGGCAGCUCCUGGAUGCUGUUCAGAAGAACCUAUACUGGGAUGUAAUUUUGGAAAAUUAUAGCAACCUCGUGUCUGUUGAGGAUUAUCUGCACAAGGAAGAGAGAGAAUAUUCCUACAACAGGACGCUCCUCUACAGGAAGGAGAAUGAGCCAAUCGUAACAACGUGCACAACUGUGGAUGAAUCUCACCGACGUAAUGUUGAGCAGAAGAAGCCAGCACCACAGGCGCCUGGGUGGCUCAGUUGGUUGAGCGUCCAACUCCUGAUUUCAGCUCAGGUGAUGGUCUUGGAGUCUCGGGGUCGUGGUAUUGAGCGCUGCAUCAGGCUCUGCGCACACAGCGGGGAGUCUGCUUGAGAUUCUCUCUCUCUGCUCCUCCUCCCACUCAUGUACUCUCUCUCUCUCUCUCUCUCUC